AUGCAUGCUCUGAGACUGAUGACCCAUUCAAGCAUUCUUCACAGUUCUUUUCCCUCUGAGGGGAAACUUGAAUGCUCCGUGGAAGUUAACAACAUAACCACAAUCACUGCAUUUGUUCUCCUGGGACUAUCCAACAACCCUCAUAUCCAGGUACUACUCUUUGGACUGUUCCUGGUGAUUUAUCUCUUGACUGUCACAGGAAACCUACUGAUGCUGCUGGUGAUCUGUACUCAUUCCCAUCUCCACAUUCCCAUGUACUUCUUCCUGAGUCAUCUCUCCUGCCUGGAUGCUUUCUAUUCCUCAGUUAUUGUGCCUAAACUGCUGGAGAACCUUCUUUCCAAGUGGAAGACCAUAUCCCUCCUUGAGUGUUUCACCCAGAUCUCCUUGGUUAUUUUUUCUGGGGCCACUGAAGCUUGCCUCCUUUCUGUCAUGGCCUAUGACCGGUUCCAAGCUGUGUGCCACCCCCUCUUGUAUGUAGUGGCUAUGAACAAGAAGGUGUGCAUUGGCCUGGUGGGGGCAUCCUGGGCCAUAGGAAUGGGGACUGGCCUGAUUAACACUCUCCUCCUAGCUCAGCAGCACUUCUGUGGCCCCAACCUCAUCCACAGCUUCACCUGUGAGCUUCCCCCAGUGCUCCUGUUGACCUGUUCCAACCCUUAUGCUAGCAUUGUCUCCAUCCUGACCACCAUGGUGGUCCUGGGCCUUGGCACACUUGUCUUGUUGGUGGGUUCCUACACCCGUAUCAUCUUGACAGCCCUGGGAAUAAACUCUGCCAAGGGCCGGAGCAAGAUCUUCUCCACUUGCUCUUCUCAUUUCCUCGUGGUCACCAUCUUUUAUGGUUCAGGAGUUUUCAGGUACACGACUCCAGCAUCUGGCUUAGCCCUAGAUCAAGUGCUUUCUUUGCAAUACAGUGUGGUGACCCCAUUGCUAAAUCCGCUCAUCUACAGUCUGAAGAACCAGGAGGUGAAGGCAGCUCUGAGGAGGAUGCUGGUAAGGAAGUUCGGGCUUACCUUCUAA